GUAGUGCUAGCGGAGAGGGGAAUCCUUUCAAACCAAUAUACCUCUGCCAUUGCCAAGAGAAUCUAUCUGAACCCCACUGUUUCCGAACCAUCUGCGAAUUGUUCACGAACCAUCUCCACGCGGAUAUCAACCUCACGAGAUCUGCUUUCAGCGACAAUAUUCUCCCCGCAGCUCCCUCGCCUCGCAGUCAUCAAAAUGGGUGGCCCUAAUCUUGAAGUCUUCAAGUUCGGCAUGUACAUACUGUUCCCAAUAGGCAUCAUGUACUACUUCGGCACGAAUCUCGACGGCAAAUUCUCAGUUCCGGACUUCUGGCCGAAGGAGAGUCAAACGCACAAGAUCCCGUACGAGCGCGAAGAGAUUGCAAAGGAACUGGAGAGGUUAAAGCGGGUGCGGAUGGAAGCGAGACGGCAAAGGGAUGAACAGGAGGCGAGAGAGAGGGGCCAAUAGGGAUGAUUUCUGGGCCAGGAAUCGAAACGCAGACACAGCGAAGAGACAACCAAUGUUACCUUUGCUGUUCCAUGAAUUGGUCCGAAGGUUUGCAUCACAACGAUGUGCAUGGUG